AUGGCUUUGGCGAGACGCGAGACGCGCGCGAUGGGCGUCGUCGCGCGCGCGCGCGCGGGCGCGGAGGAGAAGGUGGCGGUGACGUCGGCGUGCGGCGCGGUGGCGCUGGCGACGAUCAACGCGAUGUUCCCGGAACACGCGAGCGCGCUGUCGAUUCGGGACCCGGUGUUCGGGGACAUCGAGGUUUGGCAGUUCUUGGUGCUCACGGCGGGAUACUUCAUCGGGAUCGAGAUUUACUUGGAUAAGAAGUACGACGAUAACAACAAGACGGUGAUGCCGACCGUGCAAAAGAAGAAGGAAAGCGACGAGGAGACGAGCGCGGAAGAGUGA